AUGCCAAAGGGAAGGGUGACUAAAAACUUUAAAGAAAACCCAACAAGAAAAGCAAACUAUGAAAAUCAGAGAUAUUGUAGCACUAUUUUCCCUCAUGCCUUUCAAUACCUUGAGAGCACACUUGAAGGAAAGUUUCUUCGCCCAAUUGCUUCACUGAUAGGCCUUGCUGUCUCGAAUAACAUAUAUAACCAGGAUAGAAUGAAUAAAUGUGGAGGAUUUGAUUGUCUAAUGAAUGUGCUACACAGAUUGGAAAAUAGAGUGACCAGUGAUCUCCGGGCACAGUACCUAGCAGUACAUAUCACCAACACCAUAGAUGCUGCCAUAUCAGACAAUGCUGAGAAUGGUCACAAGCUGAGGAAUCUUGGUGGUAUUCCUGUGCUACUGAGGCUGUUAGGCAUUGCUGCUCCAGACAACAAGAUGUCUUUUGUACUGACCUUGGCCCAUUGUGCUGAGACUGCAGUUGAAAACCAGGUUGAAAUCCUACAUAACAAUGGCGUGAAUCAGCUGUUAGAGCUUAUGAGAGACUCCUCUGACGAAGAACUCAACCAUACUGUGAGGUACAUGCUGCAAAACUGUCUUAGUGAAGAAUGUCAACAGAAGAUGGUUGCUAUGUCCAGUUCUAGGCUGAUGGCAGGCGGAGAUGCUGAGUUAUCUUCACUGAACAGCACUGCACAUCUUAAGCAAAGACAAGAUGAAUUAAGAAUACGUAUAGAUGAGUUAUCAAAACAAUUGGAUUCGAGUACAGAUGUCCAUAAAUGUAACAUAACGUCACAGCAUAUACAAGCACCUGUAUGUACCAAAAUUGAAAAAGAAUUAGGGAAUAAUGACACCAACUCAUCCAGCUUUUUUAAUGAGGAACCUUACAAAUUAUCUAAACCUGUGAAACUUCUUAAGAGUCUCGCUGAGCCACUUGAAACUAAAUCACUGGUUGGAGACUUAGAUAUGGAUCAAACUGUGACAGACUACUCUAAACAACACACAAAGUACUGCCAAAAAAUACAUCACCAACUCAUGGAUGCUGUAAAGGAAGUGAUAUCCAGUCAGAACUCUGGUAAAAAUGUUUUUGAACCAUCUAAAAUUGAAUCGAACUGUUUGUCAAGAGCUUUUGAAGGACCGUAUAAUAGCGACUUGAAAACCCUAUCCAAAUAUGUUGAAGAACCAGUAUCAAAUAAGUCAAUAUUCACUGAGAUCCCUUAUACAGAACAAUUCAGGGAUUUAAACGAAGUUGUUGAGGGGACCAGAGCAACUCAUGUAGAGGAUAUUGAACCAGUUCUUCAAGUAGAGGAGUCAACAGUAAACAAUCAAGAAUUCAAUAGUUCUAGUGGUAGCAAUAAUAAUCAAGUUCAGACUACUAACUCUAUGGAUAACACAAACAACACAAAUGACGAGAACUUGAAGCAAGUACAGAACACAAGAGGUAGCAACAAACCUGGUCUUGCUUUAAAUAAUAAUGUUGAAACUUUACGCGUUCCAUCUGACAGUAUUGAGGUGAUAAAUUUAGAAAACCUCAACCAAGUCCAUCACAGUAUGACAGAGCAUGAAUGUACCUCUACAUAUGAACCACAGCUCUCUGAAGGUACAAACAAGUUCAAAGAGGCAAAAUCUAAAGAUGAAGAAUUAUUUCGAAGACCAUAUACACCUAGAUAUCGACAUUCUAUUCGAGACCAAGAGAGAUCUGCAGGCAAACUUAGGCUAAUUCUACCUAAAUCAAAAAAAGUCAAAUUAAACUAUUGUGUUGAUGAACAAAGAUGCAAAAUAAGCUCCAUAAAUUCAUCACCGAAAUCGGACAUUUCAGAACUUGAAUCUGAGUUUGAUUUUGAAUUACUGAGGAAGGCUAAUAUUAGCCAAAAAUAUCCAAAUAUCACGAGGACACCUUUUUCUGUGAAACCUAAACCCAGAAAGGUACUAGAAUACAACUUUGAAACUGCUGAUGUCGCAAUAUCAGAUGUCAUUCCAGAGAGUGAUAGAGAUCAUUGGUGUGGCCUAGAAUACUCAACCACCUAUGGGUUAAGGAAUGAUGAUCUUACAAAAUCACAAGAUACAGAUGAGUUGAGCAUAUGUUCAAACUUGCUAGAGGAAGAGGUUGAGAGUUUGUUAGAUGUUAGUGGAGCUUAUUGUGAAGACCAUGUGGAACUUUGUCCAGGAUGUUCAACAUCAACCUUUGGAGGCCUAAACAGUCGGAACUUCAACAUAGCUCUGGAAACAAGUAUCCACACUUGUGAUCUGCAUUUGCUGAUUCGCCAACAUGAGAGAUGUAAUAUCACUAAGAUUAAUGUUAGGAGACAGCCAAUUGGAAAACCUCUGCAAGAGACACCUUCUGCCACAGAAGUGUACACAUUCAGAAGCAACUCUUCUAGUAGCUCAAAACCUAAGGCUAUUUGUCGACCAAGAAGCAUCAGUCCAUCACUGAAUGACGAACAAAAUAUCCAUAGAAACCGUAGGCAGCGUGUUGCAUUUACAGGGCAAGAGCUGGACAAUUUACAGCAUGGUGUAAAACAGCUAGGCAAGUUCUGGCAUCAGAUUCUUAACACAUACCACUUCCAUCCAUCACGGACUGCUGUUGAUAUCAUGGAGAAAUAUAAACGCUUGAUGCUGCAGAAGAAGCAAGAAAGAAAUUGGCAGAAAUCUAAACAAAAGAAUUUUGGUCUCAAUGUGUGAGGAAAGGUGUGUACAACAAAGGAGUAUGCCUAAAGACUAUAGAUGAUAAUAACUGGAACCGAUUCUCCAAAACUUAGAAACCUGUUGAUCAGAGGAUUCGGAGCAAAUGUGGUGCAAGAGAAUAUACAUGUAGCAUUUCUUGGUCGGCAAAAUAUACUUCUUCAAUAGAAAACAAUUAAAAACUUUUAUCAAUAAUCAAGGAGAACUGACAUCUCAGAAGACAGUUAGCAUAUAUACAGGGUGUGCCAAAAAAAUGUGCAACUUUUUUAGAAUGCUAGAAAAGUAUAACAACAUUAUGGUAUUGACAUAAAAAAAUAAAAUUGCAGAAACUUAAGGAUAGG